GAUACUCACCUUGCAGCAACUUCAAACCAAUUAACAUCUGCCGCGCCGUCAGGAACCUGUCGAUUGACACAGCUGUUUCCCCGAAAGAACAGUUUGUGAUCUACAGGACAAAAAUUAUUCAAAAAGCAACUCGUAGUACAACUAUUCACGUUAGAUGGGAUAUCUUACUUUUUCUAUCGCCCAUACCUUGGUCUGCAUACGUCGGAUUCCUGUUGGCAAUAGUCCUGAAGUGGGCCAGAGGUAUUUUUCACCCUCUGGAUAAACGCUAGAAUAUUUGACUGAGUUGUUCUUAGGACGUUGCGAUUAUAGGAUUAUUACCACAUAUCCACCGUAUAAAACUUUUGGGAGUAUAUGAUUCAACGCAUCAAAUAACUAUGGGUCGCAAGAGGCAUACUGUUGGCAGCGUGUUCCGAAAUAGGUCAGACAAGUCGUCUCGAUCCUCAGGCACUUCUUCUUCCUCUUCUUCGUCUUCAUCAAAAUCUAGUAUAAAGCCCAUACCAUGGAUUGAACAAAAUAUUGUAUGCUUGGAAUGUGCUAAAUUUGUUUUUGCUCGUCAUUCAAAAUCCAAUCCAUGUUGCAGUUGCGGUCUUACAUUCAGUGAACAUCCAUCCAAUGUACAAAUAGAGGCUUUAACACAACAGAAUUUAAAUUUACAACCUGAUAUUUCCAUUAAUGGUGGUUAUCAUUUAAAACCAACUAAUAAUGAACGCUGGCAUGUUAAAACCCACACUCAAGAAAUGCCAACAAAUGCUUAUGGUACGGUGGAAUUUCAAGGCGGUCCACACCCAACGAAAGCUCGGUAUGUGAGAUUACAUUAUGAAACUUGUCCUGAGCUAGUACUGCAUUUAUUACUUCAUGAAUGGAAAAUACGUGUGCCGAAUUUAGUCAUUUCAAUUGUCGGUGGAUUAGCCAAUGCUCCAUUACAAGCAAAAUUACAACAAGUUGUAAAACAUGGUAUUUUGAGAGCAGCUAAAACAACUGGUGCUUGGAUUGUUACAAAUGGAUUAGAUAUUGGUGUAACUCGACAUAUUGGUGAAGCAUUAAAAGAUGAAGUGCAUAUUCGUGGUUCUAAUAUUGUUGCACUUGGUAUAGCACCAUGGGGUUAUGUACAACAUCGUGAAACACUGAUUGGUUUAGAUAAUACUUGUUCCUAUUAUUCACAAGGAUGGAGACCUGGCCGUCAAGAAGCCCCACUUAAUCCUGAUCAUAACUACUUUUUAUUAGCAGAUAAUGGAACAUCUGGAAAAUUUGGUGGGGAGCUGGGUCUUCGUCGACGUCUAGAACAGUAUCUCGCUCAACAACCAAUUGAUAUGCGACGUUAUGGUGGAUCCAAGUCUCGUGUUCCAAUUGUUGGUGUACUAUUGGAAGGUGGAACACAAACAUUUCGUACUGUAUUUGAGUUAGUAACAGGUCGAAAUCCAGUGCCAAUUGUUGUUUGUGAUGGUAGCGGUCGUGCAGCAGAUCUUUUAGCAUUUAUGCAUCGUUAUGCAAACGAAGAUGGAGAUCUUAGUACACAAUUACGUGAUCAAAUGGUAGCAAAUAUAUCUAGAACUUUUCAAAUUAGACGUUUCGAAGCUGAAGGAUUGUACAGUGAACUGAAAUUAUGCAUGAAACGUAGACAUUUAAUUAGUGUUUUUCGUAUGGGUGAAGGAGAUAGUGAUGAAAUCGAUAUCACCAUAUUAACUGCUCUUUUACAAGUUUCAGGUCAAAAUCUAACACCAGCUGAACAAUUAUCACUAACUAUGGCAUGGAAUAGGCCAGAUAUAGCACGUUCUAAAGUAUUUGCAAAGUUCAACAAUUGGUCUAAAACGACACUUGAAAAUGCUAUGGCUGAUGCUUUAUUAAAUGAUCGAUUGGAAUUUGUGCAGUUAUUACUUACUAAAGGAUUAAGAAUUCAACGAUUUUUAACUCGUGAACGUUUGGAAGAAUUAUAUAAUGUUGAUGUGAAUAACCAGUCUUUUCAUAAAUUAUUUGCAAAAGUCCUAGGAACGAAACAGAAAAUUACAUUACGAUCAGUUGGACAAUUAAUUGAGAAUUUGGUCGGUGGUGGUUAUCAGCAUUCAUAUUGUAGUAAACCAUCCACAGCAGAUUUAAUGGGAUCACCUAAUCAUGGUAACGGUUGGCUGCCGAAUGUUAAUGUCACAUUUGCAAAUAAGCACGGUUCAACAGUUUCGGAACCAGUGGAUAGUAAAACUUCCCGUUCAAGUAAUAUUCUAAACAAUACAUCAGAUAAAUCGAUUCCACCUUGCACAUUAAAUCCUGGAUCAAUAUCUAAUCUAAUCACUUCAAAAGAAUUAGUUACACAACACAUAACAAAUAUUAUCAAUCGACAACAUACUUCACAACAACAUGUACCAUAUUCAACUUCAUCAAAUGAUAUUAAUCAAUCAAACCGAUAUUUUCGUUAUCCCUAUACUGAAUUAUUACAAUGGACAUUGUUAACUCGACGUUUAGAUAUGGCUAAAUUCUUAGUUUUAGCUGGUGAAGAAUCCGUUGCUAAAGCAUUGUUUUCAGUGAAACUAUUACGCAGUAUUCGACAUGUUACUUUAGAUGAAGAAACCGAUAUUGAAUUGCUUAAUGAAUGCCGUUCACAUGAACUUGCUUUGGAACGAUUGGCUGUUGAUUUACAAGAUCAUUGUUAUCGGCACGAUCAAGAUCAAGCUAAACGUUUGCUCACAUAUGAAUUGCAAUCAUUUUCAAAAAACACAUGUUUAAGUUUAGCUUAUAUGUGUGAAUCCAAAGUCUUCAUUGGUCAUCCUUGUACACAGGCAAUAUUAAAUGAUUUAUGGUAUGGUGGUCUACGUAAAGGUGAUCUUGUCGGUGCUAAAGUAGCACUCAUAUUAAUUGGAUUAAUAGUACCACCAUUAUAUCCGUUAAUCGCAUUUUUUUUUACGAAAAAGAGUAAAUUUCUUGAAUUUAAAACUAAAGAAGAACUAGCUCAACAACCACAAACAUUACAAGAACAUUUGGACGAAUUAGAGGAUUCUUCAGAGUCAAGUUCCUCAUCAUCGUCGUCAUCAUCCUCAUCGAGUUCCUCAUCGCCUUCCGCUAGCAGACGAUCUUCUGUUUAUCAUCCUAAUUUACCUAACGAAAAACAAUUAACUAAUGAAAACUUUUUAUCAAAUCAGAAUGUAAGAAAAGAUAGUUUGCUUGAUCAAGUACCAACGAUUAGAAUAAAUUCACCUGCACCAUCGGAUACGUCAGAUAAACUGGUUCUUCAUUCACAUAAUUCAAAUAAUGAUAUUAUAACAUCUAAAUUAUCAACUGAAAUUAAUCAACGAAAUGAUCAUUUCGAACCGAUAAAUAAUGUUCAUGAUUGGUCUCCAACUCUUAAAUAUCAUUCAGAAAAUACUGAUAAGCUUGACAAAACUGAUGUAUUGUCGAAUUUUCCAUCCUCAUCCAGUCAGCAAUAUUAUAAUGAAUCAAUUAAUAAUCAUAUCGAUCAUAAAAUUAACCGGCAGUUAAACAAUAAACAAUACAUAUCAAAUAAUCUUCAUACAGCAAAAGAACUAACCACACCGUCAACUCACCACGAUCACACAGAUGGUGGUUUACCAUUUAAAUCUAGGAAAAAGCGUAUGGUUUCUGACACCAUAAAUGGCAAUUUGCAAGCUGUUCCUACAGUAAAAACACUUCCAGCAGAAAUGAAUUCAGCGCACAGAUAUCGUUGUGAACCGAAUUAUAAAUCAGCUUAUCCUUUGACAACUAUUAAAAAUCAUAAAUUAUCACAAUCUUCUAAUAAUUUAUCACAAACUAUUCCACAAUCAUUUAUUCAUACACCAAAACAUAGUUAUUCAGAUCGUAAUUUUAAUGGUUUACAUCAUGAAUCUAAAAAUCAUAUACGUAAACAACGUUACACAUUUCAUCCAUAUUCAACAGCUUCAAAUACAUCUCAAAAUGCAGCUUUAGCCAGACAUGCAUUUCUGUUAAGAUCUAAUUUAGCUGCACUUAUUCCAUCAAAUCAUUAUGCAUCAGUAGCUGCGUCCAAUGAUUUUCAGCAACGUCGUCGAUAUGAACGAAGAAGAAACAGAGCUUACAGUAAUCCCGAUGAAAAUGAUACAAAUAAAAUUACACAAAACAUAAUCAAUAGUAAGAAAUUAUCAACAACUAAUUGUGAUGUUGUUUAUGUAUCAUCAAUCCCAACCAUAACAACAAUAAAUCCAUCAAUAUUUACUCAUAAUUAUCACAAUAAACAGAAUAAAUUAAAUUCUACAUUAAAAGAUCAUUCAUUUUCUUCAUUAAGUUAUCAUCAUCGUAAUGGACAAUGGAUACCGUGUGAUUUAUCAGUUGGAUAUGAUUUUCAAUCAACAAAUAAUCAUGGUUUACAAUUAUCAUGGCGUAAAAAAGUUUAUGAAUUUUUUAGUGCUCCUGUAACACGAUUUUAUUUACAUGUACUUUUAUACCUUGUAUUCCUUGUGUUAUUUAUUGGUCUAUGCAUCCAUACUCUACCACCGGAUACAUUUUCGUUCUUGGAACUUUAUGUUUAUUUACAUAUUUUAACAUAUUGGUUAGAUAAAUUUCGUGAGGUUACACUUAAUCCAGGUGCAACGUACAUUCAAAAAUUUGCAGUUCAUCUAAGUGCAUUUUGGAACAGUUAUGAUAUGAUCAUGUGUUUGUUAUCGAUUACUGGUAUUAUUUUACGUUAUUAUGGUAUAGUUAAUCAAAAUUAUUAUAUGUGGGGUAAAAAUCUCCUAAUUAUAUGUUGUUCAUUAUGGCAAAUGCGUUUUCUUGAAUUAAUGCAAAUUUGGCGAUUUUCCGGUCCAUACAUUUAUAUGCUGGUGAAAAUGGUUCGUCUAAUGAUUCCUAUGCUUUCACUACUCUUUCUUCCACUGUUGGCAUUUGGUACGAUACGUCAAGGAAUUAUGUAUCCUAAACAUACCAAUGUAAAUCUUGAAGCUGUUAAAGGCAUUAUGCUUAAACCAUAUUUCAUGUUAUAUGGUGAAGUGUAUGCUGGCGAAAUAGAUCCUAUUGAUUGGCCCAGUGAAUCACAGUCUGCACCAUUUUUAGAAAUUGUCCCAAUUGCGACAGUGAUAUAUCUGUUAUACUCCAUUAUUCUAUUUGUCAACGUUGUUAUUGCUGUAUUCAAUGAUAUAUUUGCUAGAGUACGUCAACAAUCUGAAUUAGUUUAUAACUAUCUACGAUAUGCAGUGAUUAUUGAAUAUGAAUCUAGACCAUUGUUACCACCACCGUUUAUUAUUAUCUCUUGGAUUUAUAUGUCUAUACGUAAUAUAUACCGGUCUGAUACGUGCAUCAAGAUUUUUCAAAAUAUACUUAUCUAUCCAAAAAGAAUUCGUAAAAAGCGUCGAGCAUCUAAUCAGUCUAAUACAAUAAAUCCUACUGAUCUAUCUGAUGUACAAAAGCAACCAAAUCAAAAUGCUAAUACUACUAAUAAUAAUAAUAAUAAUCCAAAUUCUCCAUCGAAAUAUGAUCCACGAAAUCGUCGAGAUAAUAAUGAACCUCAAGACAUAUUGAUAGAUCCAGCGACUACUGAACUAUCGGCCGGUUUAAAACUAUUUCUAAAUCCAGAUGAAGUUGAAAAAUUGCAUGAUUUUGAAGAGGAAUGUGUGGAGGACUAUACACGUGUUACAAGAAAAGCUGAAUUGCACAAAGCUGAAGGUCAAGUCGAAAUAUUAAAUAAAAAAAUUGAUCACUUACAAUUUCGAAUGGAUGAAAUUCAUGUAAGACAACGUCAUUUACGCGGUUUAGUUCAUUUAGUUGAAGAACAUUUAGUCUAUAUGGAGGAUAAUCUACAUACAACAGGAGUGAUAAGUCCAUCACCAGGAGUUAUUCAUCAUCAAUAUAAUACUAAUGAUAUGGAACAUCUGACAAUGACAACUUCAACAACGACAACAACAGUAAACAGUCAUGAAAUACCUUCCAAUUCUAUUGUAAAUAAUUCAAGUGAAAAAGAUAUGAUAUUUACUUCUAGUUUAUUAUGGUUACUUAAACGACAAAUAGCUCAAGAUUCAGGAACUACUUCAAAUGAGAAUAUUGAUUAUCCACAACAGUUGGCUCGUUCGCUUGUAUCACAACUUGGACGCCGUUCACGCGUACCUACUGGAUCAUUUAGUUCACGUCAGCACCAAAACCACUUGGAUUCAACGUUUGAAAGGUCACCAACUUGUUCAGUCCGUAUGAAACAUCGUAACGGUCGUACAGAUCAUAGACAUUCCUUGCCUUCAUUUGACUACCAUUCUUUUCCCCAUUCAGAAGGACAUUGUCAUGGAUCAUAUUACGAUCGAAUGCAUGAACGUGGUCGUAAUCGUCUUCCUACUAAUCGUAUUCAGCACGGAUCUUAUCGAGCACCAGAUUUAACUUAUCGUGAAUAUACAACCAUCUGUGAUGAUAUAGAUCUUUCUUGUUUAAGUUAUCCUAACAGUCCAAUUAUGAGUCCUAAUGGUUCUCGAAUGGAUCUUACAAGUGUUGGUCCUAUACGAAAUACAAAUUUACCAACAGAUACUACUUUGAUUAAAACUAAAGAAUAUUUACCGAUACCGAAAUAUCAAAAUAUUCCAUUCGUACCAAUUGAAAAUAUAACGAACAGUACAGUUAAUCAAAUUAUUUCUUCCUGUAUGGCUACUGAUUCUAAUACUGUUAAUAAUACCACCGCUAAAGCAUCUAUAGAACCUAAAUCUGCUCCAGCUACCCCGAAAGAAGAACGUGCAUUAUUAUUUCAAUCGCCGAUAAUGGAAAAUGGUACAAAACGAAGUCAAUCGCUUGCAACUUUACAUACCAACACAAAGUCUAUUGAUCACCAUUCACUUAUACCUACCAAACAUUAUACAAGUUAUGAUACAAAUUUACACUUUAUCAACCCUGAACUCUAUCCAUAUACUCAUAUUUUAACUAAUACUAAUACUAAUCAUAAUGUGAAAACAACGAAAAAUUCUAUAGAUAUACAAAAUUUAAUUAUUGAUUUAAAGAAUUAUACACAAGAUGUGAGUAUUGCUAAUGAAAACUAUAUCAUGGAUGAUCAUCAGGAUAACAAUAAAUAUGUUGAUGGUGAUGAUAAUGUUAAUAAUGCUGAUGAUGAUCACAACAGACGAAAUGUUGACGAUCAAGAUAAUGAACCUGAUGAAGAUGAAAAUAUGGAAGAGAUGGAAGAUGAAAUUGAUGACGAUGAUAGUGAUGAUGAUGGCGGUGAUGACGAUGACAAUGAUCUAGAAAAUAAAGAGAGAAAAAUUCAAUUAGGUCUUCAAGAAGCUGAAAAUGCAGAACGUAUUGAACUUCAAGGUGCUAUGCUUAGACGAUUACGCAAAUUAUCUACUUCAGUACCAAGUAAACCAUGCCAUUUAUCUGGAGUUAAUAACUCUACUGCUAGCCAUCUUGAUAAACAUAAUAAUGUUAAAAUUAUUACACAUGGAUUCAACCAAAUUAACUCUCAAAAAACUUCUUGCUGGAAUACAGAAAAUCUACCGGAUUCCACUGAAAAAUCACCAAUUAUUGGUCAUACACAUGAAGUUGGAUUGAUUAGUUCGGAAGAUAUGGGUGAUUUUUUAUCACAUGUUGCUAAUGAAGAGGAAGCGGUUGAUCCAGACUUAGAUCUAGAUUUUGACUCAAUUCCUCAUGAGUCAUCAUCAUUAUCAUCAUCUGGUAUACGAUCAUAUGUUGAAUCCCCUGUAGAACAAGCGGAUACAUCGUUAAAUUUAAAUGACGACAUUGAAUUGAUCAGUCGAAAUUUACGAUCAUCAUCUGGUAAAAUGAAUACCGUUAUUGACGAUAAUGACGAUGAUGAUGCAUCUUUAUCACCUCCAUUGAAUUCACUGACUACUGAUAAUACAAUUAAUAACAAUAAUAAUAUUCAGUUAUCAUAUCCAAGUCCUAUACUUGAAGAAAAGGAAGAAGAAGAAGCGGAAGUAGAAGAAGUAUAUGCCGACAAUAAUGAUCUUGAUGAUAACCAUCAUUGUGAAGUUGAAGUACCAAGAAUGACAAAAUCUCUCUAACUUAGCAUAAACACACAUAAGCACACAAACUAACUUUCAGGAUUUGUCUUUUCAAUUAUGUUGUUUUCUAUUUGAAAAGAAACGUUUAUCAAAUUCACACAUUCUCUCUUAAUAUUAAUCAAAUAUGUAUAUAAAAAAAACAUUAAAAUGUAAUGGAUAUUCACUCAAAUAGUGAUAAAAAUAUUAGUUAAUCUUUUAAUAUCAAAUAGAUAUGCAUUCUGUCUAUUUCUCAGAGUUAGAUAUUUAUGUGUGCAUAUAUCAUAUAACAUUGUCUUACAUAAUUACUUCACAAACACAUUAUAUAUGACGAUACCGAUGUUAGUAACGUUACUAAGGUCUUUAUUUUAUCUAAUAUGAAAAUAAAAGAUAUUUAUGCAUUGAGAUUUCCCUUUAUUACUAAUUCUGUGUAAUUUUUUGUACAGUACAAUUUGCAAUGUAAAGUAAUAACAAUAUGGUUGUUCAAAUAUGAUCUUAAUCAUUUCUGUCUUUGUUCAAAAUUUUCUGUGAUCUACAAUUAGUGUAAAUGCAUAUUUCUAUAUAUAUUUACUCUUUUCUUGUAUUGUUAACUUUUAAUAGAUUUGUGUGUGACUAUACUCCACACAAUCACACAUACUUCUUCUUUCACAUCCAUUUUAAUCCAUAUAUCACAACGAAGAUAUCCAUUUGUUAAUUUGAAAUCUUACUACUUUUAUGAUUGAUAGUAUUCCCAUUUUCUAAUACCUAACAUAUGUCUGUUAUUUAUUGUAAAACUUCUCAAAUUUUCUUUUGUUAGAUAUGAUUAUUAAUGUCUUAGAUGAAUUCUCUCCAAAAAUAUAUGUAUAUGUAGAGUGACUACUGAUUUGUUUAC